UUAAAGAGAAAACACGCCCCGACACGUGUGCCUUUGUUCAGAAGUCAUUAUUGGACGUAUUGGCCUCACUAACACUACUGUUUGACUCUGUUUACCUUAAAGUUAAAAACUGCCAACAUUGUCCACAUCAGUGACUGUGUGUAAAGCCGCUGUAAAGCUGCUCGCGUCAGGCCGCGCAGUGUGUUGCUUAGUGCGUUGGGGAGUAGCUGUAGUGUGCGCCGUGGCCAAUGGAGCUGGAUCCUCCCUGCAGUGCGUAACGGCGCCCUUCACGAUUUAACCAAGUGUUUGCUGCAGGGCUUCCAGCAGUCUUCAGGAGCAGAGCGAGCACACACCAUGCGAGUGUGAACUUCAGAGCCCUGCACAGAGCUACAGCCGCCUACUGCACACACACACAUACUCACACACAGGCAGACAGACACGCAGACAGACAGACAGGCGCACACACGCGCGCGCGCACCAUGACUGGAGUAUUCGACAGGAGGAUUCCCGGUACGAAAGCUGCAGAUUUUCAGAACGCGUUUCAGCUCUCCGCCAUGCACCACCCGCCUCAGGAGUCUCCCACCCUGCCCGAGUCCACGGCCACGGACGCGGGCUACUACAGCCCCGCCGGAGCGCACCACGGCUACUGCUCCCCCAACUCCGGCUCAUAUGGGAAACCUCUAAACACCUACCCGUACCAGUACCACGGAGUCAAUGGAUCUGCUGGAAAUUACUCGGCCAAAUCUUACCCUGACUACGGCUCUUACAGCACCUCAGCCUACCACCAGUAUGGAACAUACAGCAGAGUGCAGUCACAGCCGAGCCCGCAAGAGAAAGAGCCGGUGGAGCCGGAGGUGAGGAUGGUGAACGGCAAACCCAAGAAAGUGCGGAAGCCCCGCACCAUUUACUCCAGCUUUCAGCUCGCCGCGCUGCAGAGGCGCUUCCAGAACACGCAGUAUCUGGCGCUGCCCGAGAGAGCCGAGCUGGCCGCCUCCCUGGGCCUCACCCAGACCCAGGUGAAAAUCUGGUUCCAGAACAGAAGGUCGAAGCUGAAGAAGAUCAUGAAGACGGGAGAGCUGCCCCCGGAGCACAGCCCCAGCUCCAGCGACCCCAUGGCGUGUAACUCCCCCCAGUCUCCAGCAGUGUGGGACUCGCAGGCCCCCCCCAGACCCCCCCACCAGCCCCAAAGCUCCACGUUUCUGGAAACCCCCCCGUCCUGGUAUCCCCCCUCUGCCACAGUGAAUUCUCACCUGCAGCCUCCCAACUCGUUACAGCACUCACUGGCUCUCGGAUCAGGAACGUUGUACUGAAACUUCUCUAACAUCUACUUUGUUGUAUCGGACUGAUGUUACAUUCCUUUUUUUUCUGAAGAAUAUGCAAUGUAUUUGAUUUGACAGUCAUAGAAACAAAGGCCGUGUAUAAUGUGUAAAUGUGUGCAUGUAAUUUAUUGCAUUUGGAAGACUUAUUAAAUGUUUUACAUGGACGAUGGACCCCAAAACACUCUCACUGGUGCCUUGAAUUUAAACCUCAACGCUUGUGCAUCCCCGGAUGUGCCAUCAUUAUGAGCAACGUCAAAUAAAUAUAGGCAUGGUGUGUUUUUCUUUA